UUCUUUUUUUUUUUAAUAGUAACGGCCAACGGAAAUGUAUAAAUAAAUUACGAAUUUUAUCUUUAAAGUCACUGAACAGCGAGACUGAUUUCAAUCCGCCAUCUACCACCGCGAAAUGGCGGCGAUAGCAGCGGCAGCGACCGCGUUCUCAACGCUCCAUCUCUCUAGAACCUCCAUCAUCCUCCCCCGCCGCCACCUCCGAACAGUGAUUACCUCCUCUCUCUCAUCCACCGACAUCAACAUCAAAUUCGCCCCGCCCAAACAUAAACCGCAAUUGCAGAAAUCCUCGCCGCUCGCUUCAGCCUCCGCGGAAUCGGAACCCGCAGACCCGGUCUACAUCCCCUGGAUUGUCAGUGACGAGAACGGCAAUGUCAAACUCCAGUCGACGCCGUCGGAGCGUUUCCUCAGAGCCAUCGCGCAUGAGAGCACGCAGAAAAAGAAGAAGAAAGAUGAUAGAAGUAGUGUUGGUAAAGCCAAGCCGGGGGUUCCCACAGCUGAGCCGAAGUACUCGAAGGCGGCUCGGAGGUUUUACAAUGAGCGAUUCCGGGAGCCUCCGCAGCGGCUCGCGAAAGUGCUGGCGGCUGCAGGAGUGGCAUCUAGGAGAAGUUGUGAGGAGCUAAUUUUUCAAGGGAAGGUGACCGUCAAUGGCUCCGUAUGCAACACACCCCAGACUAGAGUAGAUCCUGCUCAGGAUAUUAUUUAUGUUAAUGGAAGCCGUCUGGCAAAGAAGCUUCCUCCUAAGGUCUAUCUUGCCCUAAACAAGCCAAAAGGAUAUAUAUGCUCAGCAGGAGAGAAAGAGACGAAAUCUGCACUCUCUCUGUUUGAUGAUUUUAUGAAAACUUGGAAUAAAAGGAACCCUGGAACACCAAAGCCAAGACUCUUUACGGUUGGCCGCCUUGAUGUUAACACAACCGGGUUAAUUAUAGUGACAAAUGAUGGUGAGUUUGCCAAUAAGGUUUCCCAUCCUUCAUCCAAUUUAUCCAAGGAAUACAUUGCAACUAUUAGUGGCGCGGUCAGUAAGCGGCAAUUGCUUGCCAUUGGCGAGGGAACAGUUGUAGAAGGUGUCCAUUGUAUCCCUGAUCUGGUGGAGUUGCUACCACGACAGCCAGAUAUUUCGAGAGCUCGGAUUCGCAUUGUGGUUCACGAAGGAAGAAAUCAUGAAGUGAGAGAACUUGUAAAAAAUGCUGGACUUCAGAUUCAUUCCCUGAAGCGUGUGCGUAUAGGCGGUUUCAGGCUUCCAUCUGAUCUUGGGCUGGGCAAGCAUCAAGAACUAAAGGCGGCUAGUUUGAGAGCACUGGGCUGGAAGAGCUAAAGACAUCGCUCACGAAUGGUGAUCUUAUAUCAAUCUGAACCCAGACACUACGCCUUGCUCAAUUUUGGUCGUGCACCAGUUUUUGUUCGAACGAGCAUAGCCUCAUUGCAGUUGCGAGACAGGAGUUUACCAGCUCAGAUAGAUGUUGAAGGGAAGGGACUCAAAUUGAUAUUUGGUAGAAUUUAACAUCACUUCUCACUCAUGUAUAGUUUACUGCACUUGGAUUUGCACAAGUGUUGUAGUGUUGCAGUGUUUUAACUCUUGAAAUGAUGCAUAUUUGUCUGUGCAUACAACCUUCUUAUGUUAUUAUUAGUUCUCUAAUUAACUUUGUUGUUUAUAAGAAAA